UGACGAAAGCACGCCGGGGGUGACCUCACCCUCCAACAUGGCGGCGGCGGUAGAUUAGAGCUGCGGGUCGAAGCAGCCACUACCGCUGGGAGACCCUGUCAGAACAACUGCCGCCGCCGCCGCCUCUUUCAUCUCUUCUAGGGCAGGGGCCGGGGCCAGGUUUUACACAUCUGUUAGCAGACCUUUUUGGAUCUCUGCCACCCAACUCAAUGGCGUCCUCUACUACUGUGCCUCUAGGAUUUCACUAUGAAACAAAGUAUGUUGUUCUCAGCUACUUGGGACUCCUCUCUCAGGAGAAGCUGCAAGAGCAUCUUCCCUCACUCCAAGAGUCUCUGGAUCAAGAAGUUUUAUUAAAAGUUAAAACUGAAAUUGAAGAAGAACUAAAAUCCCUGGACAGAGAAAUUUCUGAAGCCUUCACCAGCACAGGCUUUGAUCGUCACACUUCUCCAGUGUUCAGCCCUGCUAACCCAGAAAGCUCAGUAGAAGACUGCUUGGCUCAUCUUGGAGAAAAAGUGUCACAGGAACUCAAGGAGCCUCUACAUAAGGCAUUGCAAAUGCUUCUCAGCCAGCCAAUGACAUAUCAGGCAUAUCGGGAAUGUACACUGGAGACUACAGUUCAUGCCAGCGGCUGGAAUAAGAUUUUGGUGCCUCUGGUUUUGCUACGACAAGUGCUUUUGGAGUUGACAAGACGUGGUCAAGAAUCUGUGAGCGAUUUGCUGCAGUUUGGUGUGACUUAUUUGGAGGACUAUGCAGCAGAGUACAUCAUUCAGCAAGGUGGCUGGGGCACUGUCUUCAAUCUUGAGUCCGAGGAGGAGGAAUACCCUGGAAUCGUUGCAGAAGAUAGCAAUGACAUUUAUAUACUGCCCAGUGAUAACUCUGGACAAGUCAGUCUUCCAGAGUCUCCAACUGUGACCACUUCUUGGCAGUCAGAGAGCUUACCUGUUUCUCUAUCAGCCAGCCAGAGUUGGCACACAGAAAGCUUACCAGUGUCCCUAGGUCCUGAGUCCUGGCAGCAGAUUGCAAUGGAUCCUGAAGAAGUCAAAAGCUUAGAUAGCAACGGGGCUGGAGAGAAGAGUGAGAACAACUCUUCCAAUUCUGACAUUGUGCAUGUGGAGAAAGAAGAAAUACCUGAGGGUAUGGAGGAGGCUGCUGUGGCAUCUAUAGUCUUGCCAACCAGGGAGCUGCAAGAGGCGUUCCCUGAAGCCCCAGCGCCCUCGCUUCCACAUAUCACUGCCACUUCCUUGCUGGAAAUGAGGGAACCUGACACAGAAACAAUUGCAGUUGAGAAAGUCAGCCCAGCUACAUCUUUGUUCGUAGAACUUGAUGAAGAAGAGGUGAAAGCAGCAACAAUUGAACCUAUCGAACUAGAGGAGGAGGUGAUCCCUGCACUGGAACCCACAAAAACACUGCUGAGUAAAGAGGAGGUGAAUGUAAGGAAAGAGGGUGUUACAGAAGGGUCCUCCCCUGCUGGAGAAGAGAAGGGCAUCCCACCAUCUGAGGGCAAGUCUGUACUGUUGUAUGGAGGGGUGGCUGCUGUUGCCAUUCUGGCAGUGGCAGUUGGGGUAGCAUUGGCUCUGAGAAAGAAAUAGGUUUUUUCAGAAGAGAAAGAAGACAAAAGGAUAUAAGGUUUUAGAUGUAUUGACUGAAUUUGAACUGCUAGCAGCUGAUUGGACAUUUGUGGUGCACUCUUGGAUAACUGGGGAUUUCUGUUCACCAAGACAGUGGGUUGAUCCACAUAUUAGGGAUUAAGGUAGAGGGUGUUCAUGUUUGUCUGAUGGUAAGUUCCAAGGGCCUUGGCUCAUGCUAGAUUCAGGAUCUUCUGUGUAAAGUACUCCCUCUAGUACAGGGUUUCUCAACCUUGGCAUUAAUGACAUCUUGAGAAUUUUUUGUUGUAGGAAGCUGUCCUGUGCGUUGUAGGAUGUUUAGCAACAUCCCUGACCUCUACCUACUAAAUACCAGUAGCACUUUCCCCAGUUGUGACAACCAAAAAUAUCUCCUGACAUUGCCAAAUGUUCCCUGGGAGUAAAAUUGUUCCCCUGUUGAGAGCCACAGCUUUAGAGGGAGAGGGUGAAUUUAGGGGAACCUGGGGUAGAAAUUCCCAGCCAAGAGGUCUUAGCUGUAGGCUCCUCAGCUGUCUUGGUCAUGCCCUUCGAAUUUCAUCUCUCCUGAAGAACAUGCUGUGUUUUGCAGCCUCCUUUUUUUGGCUCUUCUUUUCUUCCCCACCUUUUUAGUCCUGUAGCGUGAGGGUGCUCUCCCCUCAUGUCUCAGCUGCCUCUCAGGUACCACCACAUUGCUCCUCUUCACCCCCAAGUUCCUUCUGAGAUCCAUGGGAGAGUGCUUGCUCUAUACCUGUCAAGUCCCUGAUGCUUCUUACAGCUCCACCUUGUAAAGAUGCUGCCUUUAGUAAUCUUUAAAAAAAAUAUAUAAAACAAGCGACCUAGGGUUCCCUGCCUAUGAGUGUAAUGGCAAGUAACCAUAGAUAGAGAUUUGUCUCAUUUAGAAGUAGGGGGAUGGCUUAGAUGACCUAUGGAGCGCUUCUGGCCUUUUUGUGUAUGGCCACCCUACUGAAUUUAUGGCUACUUGCCAGCAGCAUCUCUUUUGCUGGAUGAUCACUGUCUAUAACCUGGGCUAGUGUGUUUUCCCAGUAUCUGGCAUCAGUCUUACUGGUCAUCCAGCUCCUUUGCAGUCCUUCCUGGAUUUUCAUAUUUGGGCUUACAGACCAAUUGAAUCAUAACUCUUAUUAAAUACAGAAAGUCUCCUAAAAAUAUCUCUGAUAUAGUAUGAAAAGAGAAGCUUGAAAUUCUUAGUUACCCUCAAGAUUCAAGUUUGGCUUUCAGAGUUCAAGAACAGAAGAGGCUUCUUCGCCAAACUCUCACAGUCCAAAUGCCAGAGUGAUAAACCAAAAAUAUCCUAAUUAGUACGUGCUAGUUGAGAAUCUGCAUAAUUUUCUUUCAUCUGGCUGAUCCCAUCCCUUGAGAGGGUGAGACUCUUUUCAUGCCUGAGGAUUAGUGUCACUAUGCAGGACACGUGCUUGGUACAAGUCAUCUCAGAUUUGUCUUAGUAAAUAAAUGUAACAAAUUUUUAGAUCCUGAAAUUUGUAAUAAAAUUACUUUACCUAUCCUGGUCACCAAAACUUGAUGUUUUAAAUGUGCUUUUUUUAAAAAAAAUUUAUUUUUUAAAAUUAAAUCUUUUCCCUAAAGCAAUACUGUUCAAAAGUUGGUCAAGGAAAGUUUUGAAGUGUGUGGGUCUUCUCAGCUUUAUCAUGCAGUGUAUAUGUUCUGAGUUUUAGUGUUCCAGUUAGGGAGUGAUGUUUUUAAGGGUUUUGGUGGACCUUGAUUAAUAUAGCUAGAGAUGAAUGGGGGAAAUGGGAUUAGUGUAGUAAAGAAUUUUUUACUCCUUGGGCUCUGACAUUUGCACUGGAUUACUCUAUCUGAUUGCUACAUUUGUGUUUGCAUAGGGUAAGAGCAAAUCAGAUUCAUUUCUGAGCUGCUAAGGUAGAUCUGUAGCUUAGAAUAUUUGGGUCUGUGUUCUCCACAAAAGGAAAGAGUAAGACGUGAUACAAUGCUACCAUGUGCAGUUUUUCAGCAUUUUUCCAUUUGUUGAAUAUUAACCUAAAAUGAUUUGGCCAAUUGCAUUUUGCUGGAUAAUGAUAGAUACUCUUUUCCAUUGGCUUUCUCUAGAUAGACUCAUGAAUUCCUGAGUAAUAAUAGUGUGUGUCAGUCUCCACAUUCUUCACUUCCUUAUCCUCUGUCUCUGGCAGUAGAAAGGAAUACCCUAAUAAGGGUUGCUUUUUACAGCAGCUCCUAUUUUUUGCCAUUACAUUUAAAAGAAAAUUAUUUUUCAUCCUCCCUUUCCUGGUAGUUGUAGGCCACUCCUUGCCCUCUGACUUAUGUAGCAUCUAAUCUAAGGUAAAGGGAAGAUUCAAAAUAAAUUCAACUUGUUUAUGGAACUCAGAUUUAGAAUUAAGAAUAUCACCCUGUUUAUCCUUCUUCAUUCUUUGAACUGUUGAGGAAUUUUUUUAGUAAGUCCUACAGAACUCUUCGUAACUGCUCUACUGAAUGUAAUGAUUUCUGAUCACUUGGCAAAAGCCAGUGGUUUCUUGAGAAAAAUACCAGAAUUAAAGACUGAAAAUUUAUCCUCUCUGUAGUAAAAUAAUAAUUUGAGGCCCAGAGAAAUCAGUAUCCACAGUGUGUGCCUUAGCCCUGGGGACUCUCAUAAUCAUUGCCCUCUAGAAAGCUUUCUAGAUGAAGAAAAACAACUAUUGACCACCUGGUUCAUGCAUUCACCACCCAAAGUCAUCCUUGCUACCUUCUCUUGCCUGUGUGCCAUCUCUUGUAUCAAAUGCAGCCACUAGUAGGGCGAGACCACUCGACAGUGGACAACCUUCUCGAAGGCGGGAGGCUUAACCUGGCUGCACCCUGGAGGAUGAAUAAAUUUCUAGGUGAGGGGCACUGCAUCUUUAGCUGGUAGUCAAAAGGAUGCAACCUUUCUCUCCCUGAACUUUGGUAGGCAUAUAUUUGACAAAUUUGCAGUAUUUUUCUCGCAUUAAGUUUUCCUGGGAGGAAUAAACAGCAAACAGAGAGACGUGGUUUUUUGAACCAUAGCUACCAUUAAUUUCCUGUGGAAAUUAAUUUCCUCAGCCUUUGUGCUAAUUCCUUCUAAUAAUAUGUGUCCUCCUUGCCUUUUUUUCUAUAGGUAUGACACAUGGACAAAGGUCAUACCUGUAGAAUUUUAAAAUUAUUUUGAGAUGUUUUGUAGAAAUAAAAGAUAUUAUAGGUAAGAAUUUUUCUUCUCUUCCUUUUAAUUUCUUAUUGUCUUUUUACACAAGCUUAUCUUUCAAAAAAUUUGAGAUGGUGGUAUUUCAUCAAGAGGGCCUAUAGGCUAUCUGAUCAUGUUAUAAAAAGUUUCUAGCCUCUGAACCAGUCCCCUCACAAGCAGUGUUUCAUUUAAAGUCUCAGCAACACACUUGAUGCCUGAAAGUUUCCUCUUCUCUGGAGGACCAAAAUGUGCCAUUAGUGAUAACCCCCAGUUAUACCAUUCAUCCCUGCGGAGGUUCAACUGAGAUGGUUUUCACUUUAGGGUGCAUGUUUUUUCCAUUUUAGAAAAUCCUUUUCCUUAAAAAUUAUAGUUUUAGCAAAUAUUGAGCAUUUACCAUAUGCUAGAGAUUGUUCUAGUGCCCUCACAUGCCUUUUUACACCUUCAGUUCUGACAGCUAGUCAUAUUCCUUUUAUUCUCAUUUUACAGAUUAGGGAAACCUAAUCAGUUUAAUAACUUUUCUAAAGUCUUCUAGCAUAGGAGAGACACAGCACUGAUAUCAAUUUGACUCCAAGUCUAGUGCUUUUUCCAGUUUUACUUUUUUAUGACUCUGCAAAGCAGUAUUGGCAGGCUCUCUGCACACAGCUGUGCCAACUGUAUAUUGUACAAGGGCAGCCUGGGCACACACAAUGUCGCCCUGGAAGGGAGCCUUUUCUAAUUUGUGUUCAGAGGUACCAAAUAGGCUAGUCUAAAUAUUGAGCAUGUUGUACCAGAGAAGCAUGAGGUAAUUCCCAAUUUCUAACUAUACUAGAUGUUUUCCCUUUAAAUAUUGAAUGAGAUGCCUUAUAGUUACAACUGGCACAGAUCUUCCAUUAGCUUUCUUAGUUAAUAUACUUGAUAAAUAUUUCUGCUUUAUAGACAAGGGUAAGGCAGUCUGACACAGGAAUCAUCACUGAAUGAUUUGAAGGCACCAUGACACUUUUCCUAGUUUGUUCCUUUUUGUUCCUUCUCCCCUGCUUAUGCCAUGUGCUGUGGAGGGAAGUAGGGGAUACCUCUAGGCAUUGCAUGGCCUCUCAACACUCGAAUUGGUCACCAACUCAGUCAGAAGGGUUGACCAGGCACAGCUAGAGGCACAUCUUGCUCGGAAGCUGACAGUAGGUGACUUUCUGGUGAAAAACUUUCCUUUCUGGUCCACGGUACACUGAGCAAUGUAAAGUUAACAGAAGCCUUGUUUAAAGAACACCGAUUUCCUGAAAUUCAGUCACUUUUUUAGUUAACUCAUAUAUAAUGCUUCAUGGAGUUAGCAACUGUUGUGUUACUGUAAUACAUCCCAUUCCUUUACACGACUAACCUCUACCUAGCUUGUCAUCAGGGUCUUCCACAUGUGAACUGUUUACACAAGAACCCUAGCCAGGCAGCUACUCCAUUGUAAGCUCAGGUGGAAUUGUUCUCAGGUAUAUUUGUAAGGCCUUUAAUAAGAUAAAAUGUAGCUGCUGGCUCAAGGUGAUUCUUGCCCUGUUCUCACCUCCUGGAGGGAAAUUUUAUAAUGAUAUUGCUCACUUCCAUGUGUUCUUUGCACCACUAAAUUGAUUAAUAUACUAUAUAGAACAAAAGUUUUCAUAUUUUAAGAUUACUAGUUACCUCCUUCCCCAGGAAAAAAAGGAAGUUGAAAGUCUUCCUUGUGUAAGAGGAGUCUGGAAUAACUUGGUUGUUCCUGAUGAUUUCUAACAAGAGAAUUUGUGUAUGACUGGUCCUUAAAGGAAAAGAUAGAACUUUUUUCUAGACAUGCAUUUUCCUAUCAUAAUCUUCCAUUUUUCCUUUAGAUUAAAAGUGCCUUUCUAUCUACUUCAUUCCUUAACAAUUAAAUUUAAUAUUGGUUCUAAUGCUCUCAUCUCAAAAUUUAAAUGUUUUUUUUUUGUAAUUAACUGAAGUAUGUCACUUAUAUAGCAUAUAUUCCUUUUUUCUGUCUGAGGUUCCAUUAGCUCUCCUUACUGCAGCUCUGAUUUGCUCAUUUAUUAUGGGUUAUCCUGGCUCCUCCCUUUUCCUCAUUAUCUCCAUUUGGCCAAUCUACUCUUCAUCAGGGGAAAGGGACAAAAACCAAACCUAUGAAUUGUGCUUUCUGUUAGAAGCAAUGUGCUGGGAAGAACACAUUGGAGGUUGUAAUAAAAUGAGAUUUGAAGAUAA